UCGACCAUUGCAGCCGCUGCUCGUCGAAUUUGUAAGAGUGAGAGAGGAAGAGGGGUUAUAAGGUUGGGGGAAAACAGAGCGUCGCAGGGCGAGCGGGAGAGGACGCGUGGCGCCAAGCAUGUGAUGCGCGAGAGGAACACACAAAAAAAGAAAGAAAAAAAGCCGCGUCCGAUGAGGAUCGGAGAGGCUGAGAGAAAGUGAAGGGGCGCCUCGAUGCCAGCGCCGCUUGGGUCUCGCUGGCGCGACGGAGCUCUCAGCUCUGGCUCGACGCCUGCGCCGCCACGCGGGAGCAGCUCUCAGUGCUGCCGGUAGCCGAGUCCGUGUACACACCGGAAGAACAACUGCUUCACUGUGUUCCCCAGCUUCACGUCGUCUUCGUCAUCCUCAACCCCGCGCGAACGUCAACCGCACCGGCGUGGUGGCUUUUGCUGCACCGGGCGUGCAAGCAAAGCGGCGGUCUUUCUCGUAGUUGAGCCAAUCGUCGAAGGCAGCCGUCGCGGAGAAGAACUCGUCGCCUAGCCGUGCUGCCUAUCUGUCUCUCGUGGACAAUGCCUGCAGCCGUUAUGGCCUCCCGGCGUCUAGAUGCCGUCAAAGACCGCUCGCUGCCACCAGUUUAAGUAGCCUCGACUUGCUGGCUAGCCUUCGAGCUCCGUCAAGCUUGUUUCGAAGCGGCGCUUCUCCAUCCGGGAAUACCGCCUAGAGCUUGGUCGACAGGUUAGCGCAGCGCGUCGUCGUAAUAGGUACGCCCGCGCGGAACCCGACUCUCGAGAUGUUACGCAAGAGUGAGGUUGCCCUAAUGCCCAUCCACCUGGCGUCGCAUCUAAGUUGAUGCUCGGCUAAAAGCUCAGUCGUCGUCGACGUUCCUGUAUAGGUAGUAGCAGUAUCAACUUCUCACCAGUGAUCGGUGUCAUCAGGGUCGAAUCUACUGUACCUUCGUCAUCCACGCGUUUGUUGUGUGUCAUACUCAUUUCGCCACGUGUCUUACCUCCAACAUCGUCGACAUACAUCUGCUGGCAGAGUUAUUUCCUUAACAUUGCUCGUAAGCUGAAUUUUAUGGGGCGUUAGUCACUCGUCGAAGGCUGGACCUUCUUUGUUCGUACGGGUCUUCCAUUCAUCUGAAGAAAAACGACGGACGUGAAGCCACGUCGUUUUGUCAUAUCUUAAUAGCAUCUCUUUUCGAUCGUUCACUCGUUAUCUUGAGGGACGCUUCUUGUGAUGGAUUAUCGUUUUGUGAAGUGAGUGCAAAGUAAUACUCGUACGACAGCUGCGUCUGCGUUUAUCGCUUCGGAGAUAUAAUUUCGCGGAUCUCAAAUCGUUUCGUGUGUAAAGGGUGACGUACACCGACGUUCUACGCAUUCGCCAGCAUUCGUGGUUUCCAGUUGUCCCUAGUGUCGUUGUCUCGUAUUCCCGGCCCCUACGAGAUUGUUUUUUUUUCUUUGUUUCGUGCCACCACGCAUUUUAAGCGUUGCUUCGUCAACUGAGCAACGCCACAGCGGGCCAUUGUCAAGCGUCAACGACUGCUGAAGUUAGAGCUGCUCGUCCCCCCCUGGUACGAAGUACUUCGUGCUCUCACCACCACAACCACCACCACCACCACCACCAUGGCAAAGAAAGUCAACCUGCCGUCACAGCUCAAGCCCCACAAGCAGCAGUUCCCGAGAAGUGUGUCGGCCAGCAGCAGCGUCUACAUCUUGUCUGCGAAUGUCCCCACGAAUGACAUGGAGCAGGAGUUUCCACGGGUCAGCUCCCAGGUGCCCUUGUCCCCGCGGGGAGGCGAGGACGAGGAGCGGGUCUCGGACGGCGAGUACGUCGAGCGCGGCACUUGGACCGGCCGCUUCGACUUCAUACUAUCCCUGCUGGGUUACUCGGUCGGCCUCGGAAACGUCUGGAGGUUUCCAUACCUCGUCUACAGCAACGGAGGCGGGGCCUUCCUGAUCCCGUUCUUUGUGAUGAUGAUCCUUGCGGGACUUCCGCUCAUGUUCAUGGAGCUGUCCUUCGGGCAGUACUCUAGUCUGGGGCCCAUCGCCAUCUUUGAGCGCUUCUGCCCUCUCUUCCAUGGUCUAGGCUACGGUAUGGUGAUUGUGUCCGGCAUCGUUAUGCUCUACUACAACCUGAUCAUCGCCUGGACGCUGUUCUAUAUGUUCGCAUCCUGGUCCAAAACGCUGCCUUGGGAGAAAUGCGACCCGGAGUGGUGCACUCCAGCCUGUUAUCAGUACGAAGACGCCGACGCGUGCUUUAGGACCAACGGAUCCUAUUACAACCAGACCUGCUUCAACCAAAGUAUGGCCCAAGAACUGAAUAUAUCAGCCCUUGUAAAGAACAUGGCAAAGCGAACGCCAUCGGCUGAAUACUUCAGGUUCUUCGUGCUCGGCGAAUCUCCCAGUAUACGAGAAACGGGCGAGAUACGGUGGCCUUUGGCCUUGUGCUUGCUACUUGCCUGGAUCAUUGUCUUCCUAUGCCUCUGCAAAGGCGUCCAGUCCUCGGGAAAAGUGGUGUACUUUACUGCCCUUUUUCCCUACGUGGUGCUGGUGAUAUUGUUUUUCCGUGGUGUUACUUUGCCUGGUGCCUAUGAGGGAAUCAUGUUCUACGUCACGCCCAACUGGAGGCUAUUACUUACCCCGCAGGUCUGGGGAGAUGCGGCGGUGCAGAUAUUUUUCGCUCUGAGUCCAGCCUGGGGAGGACUCAUCACACUGUCGUCUUACAACAAGUUUCAUAACGACUGCUACAAGGACUCCCUGAUUGUGUCCGUGAGCAACGUGCUCACGAGCAUCUUUGCCGGCUUCGUGAUCUUCUCGGUGAUCGGGUACCUGGCGCACGAGUUGAACGUCGAAGUGGAGCACGUCGUGGACCAGGGCGCCGGCCUCGCCUUCAUCGUCUACCCUGAAGUGGUGGCCCGAUUGCCGGUGGCGCCCCUCUGGGCCUUCCUCUUCUUCUUCAUGCUGCUCACACUCGGCCUCGACAGUCAGUUUGCCCUUCUAGAGACCGUGUCAACAGCAAUCUUUGACCGAUUUCCAAGCCUUCGAGAAAAGAAGACAUUCGUGGUUCUCGCAAUAUCAGUCUUUGGCUACUUCGGUGGUCUAAUAUUCACGACACGGGCUGGAGUCCACUGGCUGGAGCUAUUCGACAAGUACGCCGCAAGUCUGUCCGUGCUAGUCAUUGCCAUUGGAGAGUGCACAAUUAUCGCCUGGUACUACGGCGCGGAGAAAUUCCUCUGCGACAUCGAGAAAAUGAUCGGAUCUCGCUCCUAUGCGUGGACGAGGUUCUGGACCAUCAUGUGGAAAUACUUCACACCAGCCACGUUAGUGUUCAUCCUGAUCUUCAACAUCGUGGAGCACUCUCAAGCGAAAGGCAAGGACUACCCGCCCUGGGCCAUCGGCGUCGGCUGGACCAUCGUGUUCAUACCGCUCGCCACCAUUGUCGUGCUCAUGGUCAUCAAGCUUUGCUCAGUGCCUAAGGGCAGCCUGGCACACCGUGUGGCCGUCACCAUGAGGCCCACCGAAGGCUGGGGCCCGGCGCAGACGCAGCAGUCGCUCAGGCCCGACGUCACGGACGAGAAUGGUAGCAUGAACGGCGGUAUCGGGCGCGAGAACUCCUUCGACAACCCCUCCUUCAACGUGACUUACACGUUCGAGACGACCAUCUGAUGACUGCAGGACCUCUGCACCUCCCUGCGAAGCAAGAACAGGGCCAACGACUGAAUCCGAGCCGCCUCGAGGGCGGCUAACCGGACUCAGCGGACGAGGUGCAGACGGGCGCAGCCGCGCUUUAAUCAAAGCCGAUGACUGAGGAGCACCGAGUUGGACGCGGUCCUCCCCAACUCUCCGCUCUGGUUCAACCUGAGAACGCGUGCGGACACUCGGUGCCUGGUGACGCGCGUGCGACACCAGGGUUUGUCAUUUACGAGAACGCCGCUUAGGGUUCAAGAUGUGAUGAGGCAGCAUGUUUCUUUGGGAACGCUUUUUUUUGUUGUUGUUAGUGACGGACGUGGGCCGCACGCAGGAAAAGGCGUGUGAGAAUGCGCUCCUCUUUUUUUUACGUUUUCCAGCUCACGCGCGCGACCAACCGUGAGAAGUUGAUUGGUGACUCCGCGGAGUUCGCCUUUUCGAGCUGUUCUGUGAAGGAGUCGGGAAGCCGAAGAGCACUCAGUAGGACGGUUGAGCCGACACCAUAACGUUAUAUUUCCUCGCAGACUCAACACAGGAAGAAUUUCGUUCCCUUACUCAACGCGUGUCAGCAUUUUAGUGAGAAAAACAGCAUGUCCUUGAAAAUUCUGUUUAGCAAAGACUUCCUCGAACGAGGCGAGUGUAGAAAAGGUUAUGACUAGCUGACUACGUGUGUAAUUUUCAUUUUAUUUAGAUACUGACGUCACACUCUGUUCGCUCAUUGUGGUAUCGUUUUAUGUUUUUGAACUAUACUGUAACGUGUAAAUACCUGCAUUUCUCGUUUUAUUUCUCUCACUGUGCGUGAACGUGUGGCUCUGUUUCACCAUCACGCCGCAGAUAUGUUAUUGCUGACCUCAACUUGUCUCUGAUCUCGUCACUGUACUUUCAAGCUGUGAGAAUGCCUUUAAGCCCGCCCAUCUUAAUGGCUUUUCACUUAUAGGCAGCUUCUCUCAGUUGGAACCAGCCAAAAAGCAGCGUUUCAUACGCAUUUGUAGCGUGACAACAUUGCGUACAGUACAUGCCAGCUGAGAAGCCUCACAUUCUCAUGGUUUCUCGACAACCGCAUCAUGUUGGGCACAUUCCAGAGAAAAUGACGUCAGCAAGCAUUUCGAUCGCCCGUCGCUGCUAGCGGCGUCUGCUUGUGAUCCUGAUGUUCAUACGAGAUCUCUGUAACAUAUAGCAUCGUCAAGAAUGACAUGAAGUUUAUUUCUCCCAACACAGCACUGCUUGUACAAAACGGUAUAUUGUUGAUAGCCUGCUUAUUUAUUUGUUCGCCGUCGCUCUUGUUGGAUGAUUAACGGUUGAGUUUGAAGAAAUCUAUGUGACGCCCCUUCAAUGAAGGCUCCGUGUCGUUGUCGUGUAUGCAUGUGAUUUUCGUUUCUUUUUCGCCCGAGACAAUGUUUGCUGGUGUGAACAAAUGAUCCUGUGCUUAUGUAUCGCACUUAAUUUUCUUCAGUUUGCUAAGAGAGUGCGAAUACUCACCGACAUACUGCUAGACUUAGAGAAAUCGUACGCUGAACCGCUUAGUUGGUGUUACAUUAGUCGUGUAUUGUGUAGUUUAUGAUGAUGAUGUUGUGGCCGUUCCGGGUAACUGGUGGUUAGAAUGUGAUCGCAGAAUCCUUGUGACGAGUUUUUGUCAUGAAGUGUGAUUCCUCGAGUCGUUGACACUUAGCGUAGUAUAUCGAGUUAUAGCCUUGUAAGAAAAAAAAAGUGACACUUGCAAAACUGAUGAAGUGCUUGACAUUGUACAUUGAGAAGUUAUUUUACAUAGUUAACAUUUUUGUAGAGCAUAGCACAUAAUUUCUGGAGCGGGGUGCUCCGCCGCUAGCGGCCUCCGUCGAUGAACAUACACGAUCGCUGCCAUCUGAUAAUGCGCGUGGCCGCGCAUAGCACGAAAAUUUGUGUACGGGUUUUUGUUGCGCAGCAUGCAUUCUGAUAGCAGUGGGAAAUACUUGCGUUAGUCAUUCCAACUAAGUGUUCAAUGUUCCAUUGCUCGUCACACGUAGACUCUGAGAGUCGUAGUUCAUGCUUACUUUGUCCACUCGGUUAAAGAUUUUGUUCCCGUACUCACAAAUGGAAUUUGUUUUCAUUGGCGCAUUUAAUAACGCCUCACAAUAUUUACCUCCUGGCUUUAUGUUGUGCCAGUGUUUGGAGAACGUGAAGAGCUUUGCUUUUUGUCUUGUUAUUGUUUGUGUUUUCGGGGGGGGGGCGAAUUUUCGGGCGUAGUGCAUAGCAGGUUACGCUUAUUGCCGUCAAACUAGUAGCAUUAGUAUGAGUGGUAAGAAAUGAAUCGAAUGGCUGUAAUCCCGUUUUCCCAGCCGUGAAAGUCGAGCGUACUAGUCGGCAGAGGCCCGCUCAAUGGAUUCUCACCGCAGUUCCAUGACCUUUCAAUACGUUACUCUGUCAGAGUUAUUGGCCUUAGGAUGUUAAAAAGUAAGCGAUGUAGGUGUCCGAAGCGCAGUGGUUUGUCCCUUACUACGUCUUCGAACCUUAGCCCGGAAACACGUUUGCACAAGGACUUGGCGGUGGUCUCUGCCCCAGCGACGGAUGACUGAUUCCUAGAUCCAGUGUGCAUUCUUUUGUUCACAAGUUUUCUGAGGAGAAACUUGUUUUCUGCGUGUGCUAAGAGGAAAAGAAUGCUCCCUGUGGCGCCUGCACUUUCUGGUGAUAUACGCCCGUACCACUACUUUACCGCACCGGCGUUGACUCGCGAGUAUGUAGACCGUGCCUAAACACUAGCCUGACGACUCUGUGUAACGCUCAGCAUAUGUGGUCGUAGAACACUCGAGUGUAAAUAGUGUACAUUAGUGUGUUAGCUGUACGUGUCUACCGCGCUCUAUUUCCAUUUCUCUCGCUCGAUCUCGGUGAAACCAGCAUGUCAGAGGCCGGACAUCACGUGUACAUUGCGUGUAUAGAGAGUAACUUUAUGGGGUCGGCGCUCAGUUGACUGGGGUGCAGGGUUGACAACUGUGUGCAUUUGUCUUUAUUACUUUUUUUUGUCUCUAACCAGGAGGAGGGUGUACACAAUUUUUUUCCCCUUUAAGCUUGAGCUUUGUGACGCUCGGGCACGUCACAUGAUGAGUUGGUGGCAGGGCUGACAGACAGUGAAUGAAUUCUUGUGAAUCUUGCGGGCAGUGAAUGAAAGGUAGAAAGAAUUAGUUUGUGUAUUGCGGGAAAGGAACUGCUAGUCAGUUUCGUAACACGUGUGCCCGCAGUGUCUACAAACUGACUGACCUUAUUUCAAGUAAUCCGUGUCAGUCUUAGCGAUGAGCAAUAGUUGAGAACCACCGCAGCGCCGUAUGUUAGGCAACAAUUAUUUCUGUUUUCCAUGAUUCUGUCCACAUCAGGUCCACAUCAGGUUUCCUCGUGACUCUGACGACCAUUCUGAGAUUUGUUGUAAUCCUCAACUGCGCGGCGAAAGGAAUCAUUUGUGUGCUUAGAAGGAUGAUGUUAUAAGUUUACAAAAUAAAAUGAAUUAUAAAUGAGGAGAUGGAUGAGAUAUUAACUGGGACGAAAAAAGGUUUUCUAUGUUUUUGUUGCGAUCGGCAUAAUAAGCACAUUGAAUUGGUAGCGCAGCUGCUAGUAG